AAAAAUAGAAAAAAACAACCAUUCAUAACUCCAAAAGCUCAAAACUAAGUUAAGUUAUUAACUACUACAUUUAUUGCAUCUUUCUUAGAUUUCAUAUCUCCUCUUGUUGGCUAUAUAACUGUUGAACUGAGUUUAUUUCUCCAAACAAACCACCUUACACUCAUCUCAUUUUCAAAAAUUACCCGACAACAUUUCUUCCCUUCAACUAAUUAAACAAUGGCUGAUCAAGCUAACAAAAACCAGAAAAACAUCCAAAUAACAUCAGUUAAACUAAAAUAUGUAAAACUUGGCUACCAUUAUCUCAUCUCAAAUGCCCUAUACCUUAUCUUCGUCCCAAUCUUAGCCAUGAUAUUUUCAGCUCCUCUACCAGCCCUUAUUACGAAUCAAGACUUUUCUCACCUAUGGAUUCUCCUCAAACUGAAUCUUUUCGCUGUCGUAUCCGGCAUUUCCCUCUUAAUUUUUCUUGCUACGGUUCACUUCAUGAGCCGCCCUCCUAAGAUCUAUCUGGUUGAUUUCGCGUGCUCAAAACCGAACCCCUCCUGUAAAGCCUCUAAGAAGACGUGCAUGGAGAAAAUUAUAAGGUACGGGACGUUCACUGAAGAGAAUAUUGAGUUUCAAAGGAAGAUUUUCGAGCGGUCCGGAGUAGGAGAUGAGACAUACUUGCCUAAUUCUGUGACUGAUAUUCCCCCAAAACCAACAGUAAAAGAAGCGAGGAAAGAGGCAGCAAAUAUUAUGUUUGGAGCCAUUGAUGAACUGCUGGCGAAGGCUGGGGUUCUAACUAAGGAGAUUGGCAUACUUGUUGUCAAUUGUAGUGUGUUUACUCCCUUGCCUUCGUUGUCUGCCAUGAUUGUUAACCAUUACAAGUUUAGAGGGAACGUUCUUACUUACAAUCUUGGUGGGAUGGGAUGCAGUGCUGGCCUCAUUUCAAUAGAUCUUGCGAAAGAUCUCUUGCAGGUGCAUCCCAACUCUUAUGCAUUGGUGGUCAGCAUGGAGAGUAUAACACAAAAUUGGUAUUGUGGAAACACUCGUUCAAUGCUCAUCCCAAAUUGCCUUUUCCGGAUGGGUGGUGCAGCAAUCCUCCUCUCUAACAAGCGCAAGGAUCGCCGCCGAUCUAAGUACCAACUUGUCCACGUUGUCCGAACACACAAAGGUGCAGAUGACAAGAGCUACAGUUGUGCAUACCAGCAGGAGGAUGAAGCAGGAUACCGUGGUGUUGCUCUUUCUAAGGAUCUAAUGGCCGUAGCAGGCGAAUCUUUAAAGGCAAACAUCACCACCCUCGGGCCCUUAGUUCUUCCCAUUUCAGAACAACUCCUAUUUUUUGCCACAUUGGUGGCAAAAAAGGUGUUUAGGUUCCAUAAGAUUAAGCCAUACAUACCGGAUUUUAGGCUUGCUUUCGAGCAUUUCUGCAUUCAUGCUGGAGGAAGAGCAGUACUUGAUGAACUCGAAAAGAAUCUGGAGCUUUCUGAAUGGCUUAUGGAACCUUCAAGGAUGACUCUUUAUAGGUUUGGGAAUACGUCUAGUAGCUCGUUAUGGUACGAGCUCGCUUAUCUUGAAGCUAAGGGAAGAAUAAAAAAGGGUGACAAGAUUUGGCAGAUUGGUUUUGGAUCAGGAUUUAAAUGUAAUAGCGCGGUUUGGCAUGCAUUGCGUAAGCUUGAUGCUACUAAGGUAAAGAACCCUUGGACUAGUGAGAUUAAUAAUUUUCCAGUUGAUGUUCCUCGUCUAGCAGCUAUUGGAAUGCCUUCCAACGGAUGAUGGUUCUACACUUAUCAUAGUUCAUGCUAAUUACGUGUAAUUUAUGUUGUACGUUCUUAAUUUGUUUGUUUUCUUCACUCUUCUUUUUCUGCUCAUUAUUAUCUGGAUUUUCUGGGAUGUACCCUACAUUGUUAACUAGAAUUGGGGAUAUGGAUGAAGAAGGAUCUAUGGAGUCAGCAUUUGACUUGGUUUGUGGAAAUUAUAUUAUUGGAAACUACUUUAAUUUAAUAUCUGCUUUCACA